UCGAAGAAGAAUGUGUUUCAGUUUACACAGUGCACCCUUCAGACUUCAGUCGACCUCCUAGCUAUUCUUCUCCACUUAUCAAAUCAAAUACUUGUUGAAUAACUAGUUUAAACUGAUUUCAGAGAGAUAUGGAAGUCAAGACUUGCAAAAGUUCCAAUCCUCUCUAUUAUCUCAGUUUCAUGAUCUUAUUAUUAUUAAAUCCUGUAUUUCCUGUUUCAUCUUCCUCUUCUUCUGAUGAUGACUGCAAUUGUGAAGCAUAUCUUGUUCAAUCAAUUCCAACAGAUAUGCCUCAUCUUCCUUCCAUUCAUGGUGUUCUUUCCACUGGUGAUGUUUUCAAGUGGUUAGCUGGGAAUUCAACAAAGAGACUUGAUAUGAUUGUACAGUAUUGGCAAUUCUUAGCUCAACCUGAAAACCCAAAAUCUGGUGAUUUUGGAUAUUCAAAACAAGAGAUGGAUAGAUUUGGAGCUGAUGUUGGUUAUCAAGUCUUUCAAUCACUUGAAAAUGCCGCUGAUAGAAAUGUUAAUAUCAGGAUUUUACAGCACACAGGGGUUUAUCCUGACUUCACAAGAGAAUCAUCAAUUCUUGCAGCAGGAAGACCAAAUGUGCAAAAUGUGACACUAUUGCUUGGUGACUGGUGGGGUUCUGGCAUUGUCCAUACCAAAGUUUGGAUAUCAGACCGCAAAGACAUAUACAUUGGCUCUGCUAAUAAUGAUUGGAAAUCUCUCACUCAGGUGAAAGAAGUUGGAAUAUAUCUUGUUGGUUGUCCAAAAAUAGCAGAAGAGGUAGAAAUCUACUUUGAUAACCUAUGGACACUUGCAGCUCUUAAUUCUUCAAAAUAUAUUAAACCUGUUUGGGACGAACACUCGCAAAUCAACCGAGAAGUUCCUUGUUGGUCACAUUUUGUCGAUUUGAAAGAGCGGUGUAGAUCUCCGCUUCCUAGUUAUGUGAGGGUUCCCCACGUAAACGGCUAUCCCACGCUGUCAGAUCCUUCUAUGUUCAAAACGCCAAUUAAAACUCCUGGAUGCAAUAAUUCCACUAUCCAUCAUCACUCCAGCUAUCUCUCUUUUGCUCCUCCUGAGCUAUUGUUUGGUAAGUUCCAGUCUGAUGAACAGGCUUGGUUAGGCACAAUUAAAUCUGUAGGAUCAAGGGGAACUCUUAGAAUCAGUACUAUGGACUGGCUUGGUCAGUCUCAAUACACAAGUGAAGCAGUUUUCUGGUCAUCUCUUUCAUCUGCAAUAUCCGAGGUUGUAUUUUCCAAACAUGCGAAGGUGAAGAUACUAGUAGCUUACUGGGGACAUUUUAUCAACAACACAGACUUAUAUCUGAAAUCCCUUCUCUAUACAAAUGUUCUUUAUGAAGCUGUCAAGUACAAGGAAAAAAUAUGCAACGGGAAAAUAGAGAUCAAGUACUAUGAAGUGCCAGGCUUCAACAUGACUGGUCCAGCCUUAUCUAAUGCAACAGCAACGGGGAACACUUAUCCUGCUUACACAAGGGUGAAUCAUGGUAAAUAUGCAGUUAGUGACAUUCGAGCGCAUAUUGGAACGAGCAAUCUCGUGUGGGAUUACUUCUACACAACAGCAGGUGUGAGCUUUGGCACGUAUACCCCUUCCCUAGUCUCACAACUUCAAGAAAUCUUUGAUGCAGACUGGAAUUCACCCUAUGCUGUUCCUGUGAAUCCUUUGCCUAUGGAAAUCCACUCGAGCUGGUAAAUACCUCAAGGCUUUUCUCCGAUAAAGCACAGUAAUUUUGAAACAUACCGAGAUGUAACAUUAAUCUUCUUCUUUUCCAAGUAAAAAAAGGAAGUAAGAAACAAAUAAAAGAACACAAAUUUGCUAGUGGAAGCAUAGCAGAAAAGAAAAAUUGAAUAAUACUAUUUGGAGUACCUAUAUGGUUGAUUUUUUUUUCUUUUUUCGAAAGAGUAGUUCAUUUUAUUUAUUAAAGGUGAACUUCUCCGGCGCCCCAUCGAAUCAUUCAUUACAAUCAAGUUAAGG